AUGAUGAGGGAUGACGACACUGACAGGAGGAAAGGAUUAUUUCGUCAGCUGCCUGGCAAUGUUUGUUCGCAUUUACAUUUUCUAUCCCUGUUUUUCUUUCACUUUUGUAAUUUAGGAAAUAUUUCUCGUCUUAAAGAAGGAAGGAAAAACAAAGGAAAGAAAAUAUAUUUUAAAAAUAACAAGUUUGACAUCAUGAUCAGAAGAAUCCUCCAGACUGGCUCCAAACCUUUUUGUUUAGCUGGCAUCUUUAUGCUGAUGAUGUGGGCAUUGAGUAUGACUCGUGUUGAGUCUUCCACACCUGGAACAGGUGCCCUGACUGUUGUUGAAAAUUCAGAUGAGACGACACAAGAUUCAGGUUUUCUUUGUAUCUUUCUAUAUUUCUUUAUUUGUCUCUUUUAUUCCUCUUUUUAUUUUUCUUACUUUCUUUUUCUUCAUUUCUAUCGUUUAACUUUUUUUCCCUUUCUUUCUUCAUCAUUUUUAUUUGUUUUUCACUUUUUCAGGUUUCCCUUUUUUUUUCUUUUUUUUUUUUUUCUGCAUUUUUAUUGUUUUUCUUUUUUGAUAUUUCCUUUUCCUUCUUUUUGUUUAUUCUUUGUCCUUUUUUUCUCAAAACACUAUAAUUUUUCUUCCUGA